AUGCAGGAUGCUGAUGCGCCAAACCUGUUCUGGACGCAAGACUCCAGCAAGGCUGUACUAUCCAAACAUGCAGCCUCUAUGUUGAAGUCUUCCUGCAAGUAUAAAAGGCUCAUCAAGACGGCCGAAACCCGAGAAGAGAGCUUUCUUCUUGAAAUCAGCUUCUUCACCUCAUCCAUUGUCAUUAUGGCCGGCAAAACCAUCUUGAUCACCGGCUGCUCCGCUGGAGGCAUUGGCUAUGCCCUCGCUGCAGAGUGCCAACGUCGAGGCCUCACAGUCUUCGCGACUGCUCGCACGACUUCCAAGAUGUCCGCCCUCGAAAAGCUACCCAACAUGACCCUUCUCCCACUGGACGUCACUUCGCCUUCGUCGAUCGCUGACGCUGUCCAACAAGUGAAGAGCCGUACGGGUGGCAAGCUCGACUACCUCCUCAACAACUCUGGCCAGAACAUCAUCAUGCCAGCACUCGAUCUUGACAUCGACGACGCCAAAAGGAUGUUCGAGGUCAACUUCUGGGGCGUCUUGCGCAUGAUUCAGGCCUUUGCCCCUUUGCUUAUCGAGGCCGAAGGUACAAUUGUCAACAUCGGCUCGAUCGUGGCGUAUUUGCAUGCGCCGUAUACCGCUGUAUACAAUGCCUCCAAAGCCGCCGUCCACAUGCUCGACGAGACACUACGCAUCGAGUUGGCGCCGCUGAACGUUAAGGUUUUGACCGUCGUGACCGGUGCGAUCAAGACGAAUAUCCAUCAAAACUCACCAAAACCUCAAUUUCCGCCGACAUCGAGGUAUCGGGCGGUGGAGAAGUAUUUGGAGAAGAGCUGGAACGAUGAAAUUGACCGCAACGCGAGCACUCCCGAAUCGUUCGCCCAGAAAGUGGUGGGAGACGUCCUCGGGGGCGCGACGGGAAAGAUCUGGAGAGGGAUGUAUGCCAGUAUGACGCGGUAUGGGAGAUACUUCAUACCCAUGUGGAUGCAAGUAAGUUUCGGCCAUACACUGUAG